AUGCGUCGGCUCCGUCCUUGCCUGCGCGAUUCGUCUCGCCGCCUGCGCGCCUUCUCCUCCGCAGCGGCUCAUGACCUUCCAGCCGACGACUGUGUCCGGUUCGAGGACGUCGUUCGGGCGCACCACCGCAUCAGGUCGGGCAUCGUCCGAACCGAGUGCAGGCCGUCGUACCACCUCUCCAACAUGACGGGUUGUAGCAUCCACCUGAAGAAGGAGCAGUCGCAGGUCACGGGUUCCUUCAAGGAGCGCGGCGCACGCAACGCCAUCAUGUCGCUCAGCGAGGAGCAGCGGCGGCGCGGCGUGAUUGCCGCCUCUGCCGGCAACCACGCGCUAGCCCUCGCGUGGCACGGCUCGCAGCUGGGCGUGCCGGUGACAGUGGUGAUGCCGACCGUCGCGCCGAUGACCAAGGUCCAGAACUGCAGGCUCUUCGGCGCGAACAUCAUCAUCCACGGAGGCCACAUCGGCGAGGCCAAGGACUAUGCGCUGCAGGACCCCGCGCUGCAGGGACUGACCUACAUCAACGGCUACGACGACGUCGAGGUCAUCGCGGGCACUGGCACGCUCGGCAUCGAGAUGCUGGAGCAGGUCCCCGACUGCGAGGUGCUGGUCGUGCCCAUCGGGGGCGGCGGCCUCAUCGCCGGCAUCGCCCUCGCCGCCAAGACGCUCAACCCGGCGGUGCAGGUGGUUGGUGUCGAACCGCGGCGGUGCGCCUCGUACACCGCGGCGCUGCGGGCGGGACACCCGGUGACGGCGGAGGUGCUGCCGACGCUCGCCGACGGCCUCGCGGUGCCGCAGGUCGGCCCGCACGCCUUCGCCGUGGCGCGGCGGUGGGUCGACGAGGUCGUGCGGGUGGACGAGAAGGACGUCGCGCUCGCGGUGCUGCGGCUGGUCGAGGGGCAAAAGAUGGUGGUCGAGGGCGGCGGGGCGACGGGCCUGGCCGCCCUCCUGCCCGGCGGCCCGCUGGACCGACCCGACCUCAAGGGGAAGCGGGUGGUCGUCCCGCUCUGCGGCGGCAACAUCGACGUCAACGUGCUCGGCCGCGUCAUCGAGCGCGGCCUCGCCGCCGACGGGCGGCUUGUGCGCCUCACGCUGCGGGUGAGCGACCGUCCGGGCGGCAUCGCGGAGCUGACCGGCGUGCUCGCCGCGGCGGGCGCGAGCGUCAAGGACAUCUUCCACGAGCGGGCGUGGCUGCACACCUCCGUCGACCAGGUGACGAUCAAGGCGGUGCUCGAGACGCUCGGCCCGGAGCACAACGCCGCCAUCAUGCGCAGCCUCGCCGACUCCUUCCCGGCCGCGGUCGACACCAUGAGGCUCGAGGGCACAUGGACGGAGGACGGCGCCUCGAACCUGAGCGGCCGCGCGGCGGCCGUUGGGUGACGCCUUCGCGCAGCUGCACGUACGUAUCUCUCGCAAAGUAGUCUAUUGUGUUUUGCUAUUGGGAUGGCCGAUCGGAUGGAUGGGGACAUUGGAAAAGAGAAAAAAAGAAUGUUAUC